ACGCAAGUAGCCGGUCAUCAUGUUUUGCUGAUCUUGUGAUCAUUGAAUUAAAUACAAUUGCGGACUUCGAUUUUUGUUAUUCAAGUAUCUUAGUCAGGUUCACCUUAACGUUCUUGUGGUGGUUUUCCGCGACGACACGAUCCUGUUGGAAGCACCGCGUCUCAGUAUUGAGCAAUGGAUUCUGCAGAGGAUCUGGUAUAUACCCCAGCCGAGAACAUUCCCCGCAUCGCGAGUGAGAAGAGGGCAUUCUUCAAUACCCACAAGACCAAGUCGAUUGAGUAUAGGCUUGUGCAGCUGCGAAAGCUGUACUGGGGCAUCAAGGACAAUGAAGAGGCAUUAAUCAAAGCCCUUCAGCAAGAUUUGGGCAAGCCGCCCUUCGAAGCGCUGAUCAUGGAAAUUGGCUGGUGCGCUGGCGAUGCCCUGUUUACUAGCAACAAGUUGAGAGAAUGGGCAAAGGAUGAAAAGGCACCGGAUAUCCCAUUGCUGAACGCGCCAUUGUGUCCGAAAAUCAGAAAGGUGCCUUUGGGAUCUGUCUUGAUCCUGGGAGCAUUCAAUUUUCCACUUCUGUUGAGUAUAGGACCACUUAUCGGCGCAAUUGCUGCUGGAAAUACUGCUGUGCUUAAGCCCAGCGAAAAUGCCCCGGCCACAGCAAUUGUGAUGGAAAGGAUUGUCUCCGGUUACCUCGACCCUUCCGCGUACACUGUGGUUCAGGGAGGCGUAGCUGAAUCAACAGUGCUCUUGGACCAAAAAUGGGACAAGAUAUUCUACACUGGUGGCGCUAGCGUUGCAAAGAUCAUCGCAAAGAAAGCUGCGGAAACCCUGACACCAGUCACUCUGGAGCUUGGCGGCAAAAAUCCAGCAAUUGUGACGAAGAAUGCAGAUAUAAGAAUUGCGGCGCGGCGGUUACUCUGGGGCAAGAUUGUCAAUGCCGGCCAAGUUUGCAUCUCUCAGAAUUACACACUCGUCGACAAAGAGGUUCUUCCCACGUUCAUUAGUGAACUCAAGGCUACUUAUGCGGAGUUCUUCCCGCAUGGUGUCAAGGCGUCUACCGACUAUGCGCGAAUCGUCAACGAGCGACACUUUCAGCGGAUCAAGGCCAUGCUCGACAAUACCAAAGGCAAGAUUCUCUUGGGAGGUGCAACGGACGAAUCGGAGAGAUUCAUUGAGCCCACAGUGGUUCAAGUGGAUGAUGUCAACGAUUCCUUGAUCACCGAGGAGAGCUUCGGUCCCUUAAUCCCGAUAUUGCCGGUCAACGACGUGGACGAGGCCAUUCGUAUUAUCAACCAGGUGCAGGACACGCCGCUGGGAUUGUACCCUUUCGGAACCAAGACGGAGACAGAAAAGAUACUCUUGGAAACUCGAUCUGGAGGAGCAUCUGUAAACGAUGCGUAUUUCCACGGCUCCAUCCCCACACUCGAAUUUGGCGGGGUCGGCGAAUCGGGACAGGGUUCGUACCGCGGGAAAGCUAGCUUCGACUGUUUCUCGCAUCGGCGGAGUAUUACGACAACUCCGACCUGGCUCGAGUCAGUGCUGAGCCUCCGGUAUCCGCCAUACGCGGGCAAGCUUGAGAAGUUAGCACUGCUCGGCGGUGAGCGUCCGAAUUUCGAUCGAGACGGACAAGUUCAGAUCAGUCUCCUUACGAGGAUUCUGGCUCUCGGUGCUAAGAGCUUGCAGGGAGGCAUUAUCAGGUACUUGUUGAUUAUCAUUGCGGCCGUUGCAGCAAAAAAGUACCUGAAUCAGACGGGAAAUUGAAAAGGCGGGGGCGGAAUGAUAUCCGAAGGAGCAGUUACGUCUGUUUUGUACACUGGCUCAAAUGCCCAACCCCUCGUAUUCUCUCAACGCUUUCUCACCAGAGUGUCCCGAGAAAGCUUUUACGUAUGUACUUUAUGAAUUGGAAAAACCAAGACUUGUGUGAUUUUGAUCCAAUUGGAAUUUCAUUAUUGAACGCAUGUCACUGAUGAAAAAGCAGACUGGCGUCCACGCU